UUGACGGCAUCAUUUGUUAUUGUUUUAUUUUGUAUUGUUUAUUGCCCGGUUGGAUUAUUAAUUUGAACAUAAAAUUGAAUUUUUAACCAAAUUCUUCUUUAUUUUAUAAUAAAUUUAAAGUGUUUUUGUAACUUUUUCCAAAAAAAAAAUAUUGUAAUCCAUGUACAAUGGCCACGAAAAAAGAAAAUAUACAAAAACUAAAUUAUCGCAUCAAACUGCUGGCUGGUAAUAAUGUGGUUUUAGUGGAAUGUGAUAAUUAUGAAUCGGAAAUUUUCAUGCCACAAAUUGUAAAUGGAAGAAUAACAUUUCUAAAUAUAAUACCCAAUCGUCGCUGCUGUCAAGUGACCAAAACAAAUGUUAUGAAUUUUGCCCUGAAAGAAUCGAAGCCGGCCAAAACCUAUCUAAAGGAGCAAAAUGUGGAGAAUGUUAAAAAAUUAAAUAGAUUUUCAGCCGGGGAUGCAGGUUUUACUCCUAUGAUAGCACCUUUAGCUAAUAGUACCCCAGCAAAUGUAAAGAAGCGCAGCAGUUGUGGCAGCCUUGCAGCGCAACAAUCACUUAACUCAAAUACCUGUGGUAACUCAAUAGAUAUUAGUUUGCCGACUCCAGAAGCUGUUAGAAGAGCUGCUCCCGCACCUACUAAAUUAUUAGAAAGAUCUAUGGUUAAUCUACCGCCAGGCAUUAAAGUGGCUCGUAUUUAUCAUAAUGCCAUAGAGGGUACACCCAAAAAAGUUGGUCGCUUGGUAACUUCCAGCAAACAAACCAGUGGUAGACAAAACUCUGCUAAUGUGUCCAUAUUAAAUGGCAGUUUUAGACUGCCUUGUUCACCAGCUCCCUCAAAUUACAGUAGUUAUAGCAGAUCUACAGCCAGAACAGUUUCUUCAUCGACAGCCUUAGAUUCUAUAGCGAAAUGGCAAAAAGUUUUAACACCCGUACGCACUUAUACUAGAAAAUCCAAAAACCCGGUAAUGAUAAAACGUCCUGUCUCCGUGGAGAGUGCCAAAAAGUCCUUAAAACCUGUACGCAUUACACCCACUUAUCUAGUGAAUCCCACCCAAGGACCUAAUGUAACACAAGAAAUUGAAAUAAAGAAACGUAGAUUAGUUAUUGAUAGUAAAAUCUCCAUAUCACCUAAAACUUUUAAGAAACAACAAACAGAACCAUUGGAAACAUAUAGACCUAAUAGUAAAAAUAUUUUGCAAACAAAUUCUUUAAGUUUUCACAAACCCCGCCCCGUAAGGGAAACAAUGGCAUUGAGUGCUUUUGAUCUGUUAACCAAUUCGAAUCAUCAACGCUGUAUGUCCGCCAAAUUAAAUGAACAAUUUCGUAGAGGUUGUGUUAAUAAGGCCUCCUCAACGUAUAACAAAUAUAAAGUGUUGUCCACUGUGCCGCCUUUGCAACAGGAUGAACAAGUUUUAGAAUUAAGUCGUAUUUCUUUGUCGCCACGCAGCCACCAGCACGAAAUGUAAUGUGAGUAAACUAAGAAGAGAUAACAUAUAAAUUAAUAAUUGUUGUAAUUGUGAUUAUUGAAAAUUGAUUUUUUUUUUUUUUUUUUUGUAAGAAAGAUAAAAAAAAAUACCGGGAACAAUUUUAUUAGCUCAAAAACUAGUUUUUAAAAUGACUGCAAAUAGGCUUCACGAAUUCGAUUGUAGUUGUAGUUGAAGUUUUUGUUUAAAUGUUCAGUUCUAGAAUUAAAUCUGUGAAAGUUUUUAUCAAAUUGCCUCUUUUGGAAUAAGUUCUAGAACUAGUUCUUAUUGUCUGAUAUUUGUUUGAAAUUGUCAAGAAUUGAACAAUUUUGAAAAGCAGGAGAAUUUGCUUUCAUUCUAAAACUAGUUGGUUAAGAACGAUAUUUGUUCCAGGUUAAACAUGUUUAUAUUUGUAAAAAUUAGUAAAUAAGUUUGAAAAUUUAUUUUAUAAAUAUAUUUUAAGUAAAAUUUUCAUAAAAUUGUUUAAUUAUUGUUAAAUUAAAG